UAAUGGAUCACUUAUCGAAUGGUUCCUCUAUGCAAGAUGCAAAAGUGAAGGCAGAUAGAUUUGCAGCUCUUACAGAUGCAGGAAAUAUUCGAGUGAAAGCAAAACAGGCAAUCUUGCAAGAGUUGAACACUCAGCUGCAAAUCAAAGCAGAGCGUGUCAGAAUGUUAACCCGCCAAGGGGCAGAUUCUUCAGAUAAUCCUUAUGCUUCCCCCGGAUACGAGCACCACCGAAAAUUGCCACGUGCAGAAAAUAUGAACCCAAUCUCUCUGCCACCCAAAGUCAAUAGGCAGUCACCAAGGCCAAGGGGAGGGAAGAGGACAGAUGCUGACUCAGGAGAAAAUCUUCUGGCUAGAUUUUUCUACACUUGGAUGGAAAGAUGCAAACAAAGUCAAGAAGUUAGACUUAUGGAACGUAUGGCCAUUUUACAUGACAGUGAGAUGACAACACGGAGAUUUUUACUGAAGUGGAGAAAUGCUACUAAGGAGAGGCAGGUGGAGAUGAAGAAAGAGGAAAAUGCUCAUGAUCAUUACCAGAUAACCUUGAUGAGCCAAGCAUUUGAAACAUGGAAGACAUUUAUAAGGGAUUCUAGGAAAAGCUAUGAAUCAGAGAAGAAGGCUGUGAGAUACCAUUAUUUGAAGACCAUGGGAGUGGCGUGGAAGGGCUGGAGGAAGUACAUUGGCUAUGAAAGAAGAAAGAAGACAAAGCUGCAUCGGGCAGUUGUGUUUCACAAUCAGAAAAUUUGUGGCAAAGUCAUAGGGCAUUGGAAGGAGUACUGCAGACGUGCUGCAGUAAUAAAUGAAGAGGUAGAGAGGAGAGCACAGAUACAUGAUAAAGAGUUACAAAGGAGGUGCCUGAUACAGUGGCACAGGAAUGCUGUAGAACAGAAACAAAACAAACAACAAGAAGCCAAAGCAGACAAGUUUCAUGGACAUAUCGCUUUGAAAAAGGUCUUCUCUGCUUGGAGAGAAUAUGCAAAUGUUCAUGCUUAUGAACACAAGAAGACUGCAGAGAAAUUUCUGUCUGCUCAGCAACAUCUUGGUAAAGUGAAACUACACCAAAUCCUAACUAGAUGGUACCAGUUGAAGAAUGAAGCAGUGAUACAGAGACUGAAGUUCCAGCAGGCUGUGGAGCACCAUAACAAUACACUAAGGAUGAGGACUAUGACUGUGUGGAAGAACUACACAGUCCUUUGUCAAAAAAAACUGCUCCUUCAGAAACAAUGCAUGUGGUUGUACACCACAAGGCUCACUGCCAAGUUCUUCCUCAGGUGGAGGGCUCAGUUUGCUGAGGCUCAGGAAGAUCACACAAAAAACAACAUGGCACUUUGGCAGUGGAGUUUUGUACUACAGAGAAAAGUGUUCCUGGCCUGGCAAACCUAUACACAUGAGAGGCAGAGAAAGAAGGCCAGGAUUGAACUGGCCAUGGAACAGCGCAGAUUACGCCUCAUCAGACAAGGGUGUGGUCAGUGGUUAAAAGUGGCCACAGAACUGAGUGAGGUCAGGUCCAAAUUGGCUGCAGAGAGACAAGCACAGACUGCAUACAAUAUCUAUCAGCUGGUCCACAAGUGUGCCUUGCAUUGGAGACAAUGGACAAUCAAACGCAAAGCAGCAAGACUGAAACGGGGAAUAACAAGUGCCCCUAUACCUGGGGGUGAAUCUAGCACAGGCAGAAAUGCUCCUGCUAGGCCUCUGGAAAAGCACAGAGGAGUCCCAGGUUCUAGCAGACCCACACAGAGUGUGGCUUCACCACUCAGGAGUUUGAACUUGCCUGGAGAACACCAGGCUGGAGUAAGGGCAUUAGAGAGUGCUCUUCUGGGACCCAAUGUGAUAAGACCAAGCAGACCCAGGCCUAGAAGACCAGACUUCCUCAUUGACUCACUGAAAAGAGAUGGUUUAUACCACCCUACACCACAAAAAGCAACACUGCACACGAACAGCUCUCAUCCAAUGACUGAGCCAAGCAUACAAAUGGCUCUGAAAGGAUUUUCUCCAGCCAUGGCAGAAGAUGAAGAGUCACAGCUACAGAAUGUGCAACCAACUGUGCUAGCUUCUCAAGAACCAGUGGGGCAGCCCGGUAUGAUACCCAGGACAGAUAAAGACAAUGGGAAACCUGAUGCAAACAAUACAGGUGUCUCAAAUAUUAUAGCAAAGGGCAGUAGGAAUAAUGCUUGUUCCACUGCAGAUGCAGGGAUAAAACCACAGAUUCACCACCAGCCCUCCUUACCAAUGACAUCUUCAUCGGGACCAAAAUUACAACAGAGAACAACAGCACACAAACCAAGUGAUAUUCUUAUGACUCCUGCAAUGUUCAUGACAGCGUCAAGUGAUGGCUCAGAACAAGCUUCACCACAAAGACCUGUGCUGCCAUCUAGUAAUUUAAUGACGGAAGCAUCUGUGCUGACACCUACAAAAAAAGGGGUGCAAAUACCUUUGACGCCUUCAACUUCCACGCCCAAGAAACAUAGUGGAAAAGAAAAUGGCAAAAUGCUUUUGAAACCUGAUGACUUUAUUCAGUCACCUCCUGGGGCACAUAAACUUAGUAAAGAACAAGAACUUACAGAUAUCAGAAACAAACUGCAGGAAUACAAUGAUAAGAAAAAGAAAUUGAGGUUGUUAAGAGAGCAGGAGGGGCAUUUAAGAGAGUGGCUUGAGGAGCAGCAGAGUGAUGGUAAAAGUGUGGAGGAGGAGGAUGAAGAUGUAGACCAGGUGAAGGAGGAAUUAGAAGAGAUUAGUAAAGAGAUCUCAGAGUUUACGCUAUGGUUACACAAAGAAAGGAAUAUUUGCCAGAGACUAAAAGAAAGAGCCAAGAACAUUUUGGCAGAACUCCAACAGAUAAUCUCAUGAUUUGUCUGAAGACAUUUUGAAAAGCUCUCAAAACAUGGUGUUUUUGAAAAAAAAUAUUGGACAACUGCUUUUUUAUUCUCUGUCUAGUCCAAGUUAAAACAAUUAGAAACAUAAGUUUUCAUUUAAUUAAAUGUAAAACAUGCUGGUAGAGUACGUUUAUCAACAUCUGGGAAUGGCUGGUAAUAAUAAUGAUAAUAAUAAUAAAACAUGAACGAUCUUUAUAGGCAUGGUUUGUCCGAAUAACCGACCAAUCACAAAUGGCACAGAAAACGGAAGACAGUAACUUGUACCUAUUGUGGGCAACUACCGCAGGACUAGCAUGGUGCAACCGCAAAACGGAGGCGUAUCCAUGGAGGUGGGGUAGUACUUCCGCGUACUGCACCAGAUGCAUAAGAUUUGCUUUGAUAUGCAUGGGUUAAUGUUACAAGUUUUAUACGUUUUACAGCCCCAUAAAUCAGUUCAAAUUAAUUUUUUAGACUUUUUAUGAGAGAGAAUUCUCUGAACAGUUUGAAACAGCGAGGCGCUUUUUUUCAGACGGGUGACGCACAGGAUUUUCAGAUGUCUUUGGCAACAGAUUGGAAGAAGCUAAGCGCUUCACCAUGAACUUUUUUAUGCUCAAAGAAUAAAAUGUUACA